CUCAGAGCAGGGAGGUUACAGAUUGUUGCGUGGUUACUUUAAACGUGUAGAAUCAGUUAGUGAUUGUAGCUUUUUAUUUAUAUUGAAACUUUACUCUUGAAGGUUUAAGCAAUGGCGAAAAGGACUCAGCCGAAUUGGAUUCUAGAAAACGGAAAACCGACGCCAGGUUUAAGGCUGUAUAACAGCUUAACAAGAAAAAAGGAAGUUUUUAUCCCGCUGAAUGGAAACAAAGUUAUGUGGUAUAGUUGUGGUCCUACAGUAUAUGAUGCUUCUCAUAUGGGUCAUGCUAGGAGUUACAUUUCCUUUGAUAUAAUGAGAAGAGUGUUGAGUGAUUAUUUCGGCUAUGAUGUUUUGUAUGUUAUGAACAUCACAGACAUUGAUGACAAAAUCAUAAAAAAAGCGAGAAAAGAAUAUUUAUUCAAGAAGUAUAUUGACGAGAAGAAAGAAGUUGCUGGUGUUUUGGAAGAUACAAAAGUAGCAUUAAAACUUUUAAUUGUGAAAGCUCAACAAACUACUGAUGAUAGUGUUAAAGAAAUGCUUAAUAAACUUGGCAACUCGGUAGAUUCAGCUAUCAAAGAUCUGGAAUCAGCCAUUAAAGAAAGUGAUAAUGAGAGAAUGAAUAAUUCUCUCGAAAAAUUGUUGCAAACUGCCAAAGAUCCCAUUGCGGAGAAACUGGACAAAGAGUAUUCUUCAUCUGUUAAUGAAAAUUCAAUUUUCACUGACCUACCAAGACACUGGGAGUCAAAAUUUCAUGAAGAUAUGGAUGCUCUUAACAUUUUACGACCACAUGUACUGACUAGAGUGAGUGAAUAUGUGCCUGAAAUUAUUGACUAUAUUCAGCAAAUUAUCAAAAAUGGAAUGGCCUAUGAAUCUAACGGUUCUGUUUAUUUUGAUGUCAAUGCAUUUGAUUCUAAAGAAAACCAUACCUAUGCAAAGUUAGUCCCAGAAGCUUAUGGAGAUGUAGGGUCUUUAGAAGAUGGUGAAGGUGAAUUAACUAAUAACAGAGAAAAGCGAUCUCCUACAGAUUUUGCACUCUGGAAGGCGUCAAAGGUAGGUGAACCAUGGUGGGACAGUCCGUGGGGAAAAGGGCGGCCUGGUUGGCACAUUGAAUGUUCUGUUAUGGCUUCUGCGAUUUGUGGUGAUUCUUUAGAUAUUCACACUGGUGGUGUUGAUUUGAAAUUUCCACACCAUGAUAAUGAAAUAGCUCAAGCUGAAGCAUAUUUUGAUAAUAACUGUUGGGUACGUUAUUUUUUACAUUCAGGACAUUUAACUAUAGCAGGAUGCAAAAUGUCGAAAUCUUUGAAAAACUUCAUUACUAUUGCUGAGGCUUUACAACAGUAUACAGCUAGACAAUUACGCUUUGCAUUCCUGUUACAUUCAUGGCGUGAUACCUUGGAUUAUAGCAAGAAUACCAUGGAUUAUGCUCUAUCAUAUGAAAAAAUGUGUAAUGAAUUCUUUCUUAAUGUAAAAGAUUUUAUUAAUUCUGAGCCUAUAGCAAAUAUUUCUGAUAAUUUUAAAAAAUGGAAUGAACGAGAUUUAGAAUUAAAUAAAGUAUUUUCAUUAACGAAAGAAGCUGUACAUGAGGCAUUAUGUGAUAAUUUAGAUACCCGCUCAGCUUUAGAUAAAAUAAAAGAAUGUAUUUCGAAAUGUAACAUUUAUCUCAAAAAUGAUGAUGCCAAAAGUCAGUUAAUAAAAUCUAUAUCAACCUAUAUCACGAAACUAUUCAAAAUUUUUGGUGUUAUUGCAGAAAAUGAACAAAUUGGAUUUGGUGUUUCUGAAACGUUUAAUUUUACUAAUGUUGAAGAGAAAUUAAUGCCUUACUUGAGAGUUUUUGGAGAAUUUAGGGAUGAUGUCCGGCGCAAAGCUAAAGAAAUAAAUAAUAAGGAUAUACUAGAAUUCUGUGAUAUUCUUCGUGAUACUAAACUUCCAGAAUUAGGAGUUAGAUUAGAAGAUAGAGAAGGUAAACCAAGUGCAAUAAAACUUGUUGAUAAAGAAACUUUACUGAAAGAAAAACAAGAAAAGGAGCAUCAAAAACAACUAAAGGAAGAAUCGAAAAAAAAACAGCAAGCAUUACAGGCAGAAAAGGAUGCUCAGCGAAGAAUUCAUCCUAAGGAAAUGUUUUUAAAGAUGGUAGAUAAAUUUUCAGCUUUUGAUUCUGAAGGUUUACCAACUCAUGAUAUCGAUGGUAAGGAAAUCAGUAAAGGCCAACUUAAGAAACUUCAAAAACUUCAACAAGCCCAAUACAAAAAACAUGAAGAAUUUAUGUUGAAUCAAAAAUAAUAAUUUAAUGACUUAUCAUUCUGAUAACUAUGUAACCUGUUAAAAGGAAUUUUUUCGGAAAUUAUUAUGCAUUUCAAAUUACAACCAAAUUUUAACUAUUGACAAAUAAUUGAGACACCAAAUAUUCUCAGAUCUCUAAAGAGAUAUUGAGAAAUAUCUGAGUGUACUAUAAAAAAUUAAGCAUUAAUAAUUAACAGAAGAAUCAAUAGAUUUUAACUUUCAAAUAAUGUUAUUCAGUAUCAUAAAAUAUUAAUUUGAUAAAAUGAAAAAGAUGAUAUUGCAAAUCAGUGAUUCUAUGAAGACAAAACUUGAAUUCCGACUUCACUGAUUCUGCAUUGGGUUCAAGUGAGAAAUCUCCUCUUCCAUAUGGUAACUUCCAGCUUAGGGAAUCAACUGUUCAGUCUAUUCUCAAUCAUCCACGCUAUGGGCCAAAGUAAGAGAACCAUUAAUUUAAUGAAAAAAAUACUCUUAAACUACAUAUUAUCUUUAUAUUCUCAAAUAGUCUGAAAUUAAUUUUAUGAUAUUAAUUGAGGUUUUGUUCUAUAUGUAAUUAUUUAAUGUAGUUUUUAUAUUACAUUAUUUGUUAAACCACUAUUUACAUUACAUAAUGUAAAUAUUGGUUUUUUAAAGGUGAUUUUUAAGUUAUUUGCAUUUAUAUGAAUAUUAUUGUUAUUGGUAUUUUUACUGUAAGAAAGAAUUUUUCAGUAAGACUGCAAAAAAUGAAAUUUUACUUUCAAGGAGCUUUGUUAAGGCAUAUAUCACUUCAAUAUUAUUAUUUUUUAGUGUUUUAUGAUCUCAGUAUUAUAUUUUCAUCAAUCAUAUUAUUAUCUGAAACAUUUUUCACUAAUUAUUUUUAUUUAUUUCAGAGAUAUAACUAGCUAAAGAAAAUUAUGAAACUGAGCUAUUUAUUUAUUUUUUAUUAAUAAACCAAUUGUAAUGUAUACUAUAUAUUAUUUUUUUAUGGAUAUUAAUUGUCAAAACAUAUUUUAAUAAAUAAUAAUGUAUA